UUGACUUAAAUAAUAAUAUUUAUAUUGUAGAUAAAAUAUAUCAUCUUAUUUGUUUAAAAUCUGAUUAAAAUCUUGUGUGCUUUAAUUAUGAAUAAUCGGGAUAUAAGGCGCCGUUUAAUUCGUGCGAUUCGUCAUGGAAAACUAGAAAUAGCAAGGGAGUUAAUAAAUUCUUACGGGCUACCAUAUUCAGAAUCAUCGUCAAAAGGAUAUGGUUUACUUUGUUAUGCUCUUGAUAAUAAACAUUCGGAGAUUGCUAAAUUAAUUUUAACAAGCGGCUCUGAAGUCAACAGUAAAACAUACAAUUAUAAAAACUCUUCUAAUACUCCCCUUCAUUUUGCUGUUAUAAAUGUUGACAUAGAAAUUAUAAAGAUGCUCCUUGUCAGAGGUGCUAAUAUUAAUGCUCAAAAUAUCUUGGGCCAAACUCCACUCUAUAAUAUGAUUGAAAAUGAUGAUCAAGUAGAAAUUUUCGAGUUACUUUUAAAACAUGAAGCUGAUGUUAAUGUUAAAGAUGAUUGUGGUCAAACUCCACUUUUUGGUGCGAUUCAAAAUAAUCGAUUAGAAAUUAUUGAAUUACUUCUAAAACAUAAAGCUGAUAUAAAUGCUGAAGACAUAAUCGAAAAAAUCCCACUAUUUUAUGCUAUUGAAAAUCAAAAUUUAAAAAUUACGAAGCUACUUUUAGAUAAUGGAGCAAAUGUUAAAGAUGAUCCCGAGCUAUUGCAUAGUGCUGCUAUGGGGGAGUCACCAGAAAUCGUUGAACUUCUUUUGCAACAUAAUGCUGAUGUUAAUGUUAAAAAUCGUUAUGGUCAAACUCCACUUUAUAAAGCGAUUGAAUAUGAUCGAUUAGAAAUUAUUGAAUUACUUUUAAAACAUAAAGCUGAUAUAAAUGCUGAAGACGAAGACAGAAUAACCCCACUAUUUUAUGCUAUUCAAAAUAAAAAGUUAAAAAUUACCAAGCUACUUUUAGAUAAUGGAGCAAAUGUUAAAGAUUAUCCCGAGCUAUUGAAUAGAGCUGCUAUGGGGGAGUCACCGGAAAUCGUUGAACUUCUUUUGCAACAUAAAGCUGAUGUUAAUGGUAAAAAUCGUUGUGGUCAAACUCCACUUUUUGAUGCGAUUCAAAAUAAUCGAAUAGAAAUUACUGAAUUACUUCUAAAACAUAAUACUGAUGUUAACGCUACCGAUAAAUACGGUAAAACAGCAUUGUUUUUACCUGUAAUUAGGGAUUCAUAUUCUUAUCUAACUUUUUUUGGUGGAAAUUCUUAUGUUAAUAAAAUGAGGAAAAUUACUAAACUGCUUCUUGAUCAUGGUGCUAAUGUUGACGCUCAAACUCCAGAUGGUGAGACGCCACUUCAAUUUUCUAUGAGGAAUGAAUAUUCACACGUUGUUGAAGUUCUUUUAGAAUAUAAUGCAAACGUCAAUUUUAGAGAAAAAAUAAAUCUCGAGACACCACUCCAUAUAUAUGCACGAAGAAAAAAUGUAGAAAUUUGUAAAAUUCUUUUGAAUAAAGGAGUUGACGUAGAUGCUGUGGAUUGUGAUGGAUUCACAGCGUUGCACAUUGCAUCUCAAUUGGGGCAUAAUGAAGUUGUUACAACUCUCUUGGAGUAUGGAUCUGAUAUCAAUAUUAUGACUUACAACAAUCUUACACCUCUUGAUUAUGCUGAAACUGUUGAAACGAUUGAAAUUCUUAAACGCCACAUAGUUCAAAUGAAAACCGCAAAUUUAUAUGUUAAUCAACAAAAUUUGCUUUCAGUUGAUGGAAUUUCCUAUCCUAAUUUUCAGGAAAAAUGUGAGAAUGAAAUAACAUACAUGAAGAGCGAGAAGAUGAAUAAUUAUAAUAUUUCAUUUUAUGAUAUCUUGACAAAGAACACUGAUUCUUUAGCAAUAUGUUUGAGGAACGAAAAUAUAGUGCAGAUUCUAAAAUUAGACGAUUAUAAAACAAAAUUUCCAAUAUAUGGAAGCAUGAUAAAAAACUGUUUCAGAAAUGGUAUGAAAAGAAAAGAGUUACUUGAUCAAGGGAAUAAAAUUUUACGUUUUCUUUUUGCCAACCAUCUUCAAUUACCACAAGAAUGUACUGAAAAAAUAUUUAGUUAUUUGAGUGACGAAGACUUAAAGAUAAUCAUCGAAAAAAGUAAAGAUAAGUAGA